AUGAGAGGGACCUCACCAACCCAGGGUGUCAGUUUGAAAACGCACCAAGCCAGGCCUCUGUUCCUGAUGACUGUGGCCUUGCAGCUCAUCCACCCCGGAAACUGCUAUCAGAGUGAAGGAGAUGGCGCCAGAGAAAUCAGCAAUAACCUAUCUCAGGUGAUCCCCGGGACGACACUGGACGGAACCCUGAGUAAUUCCAGUAGAAAGAAUAACAGCCACGAGGGGGCGCACCUAUGGGCUUCCCUUCCUGACUCCAGCACUUUGGGACAGAGUGCAGUACCCGUAUCCCGCUGUUGCCACAAUGGAGGAACCUGCGUCUUGGGCAGUUUCUGCGUGUGCCCGGCGCACUUCACUGGUCGCUAUUGCGAGCAUGACCAGAGGCAGAGAGACUGUGGCUCCCUGGGGCACGGAGCUUGGACCCUGCACAGCUGCCGCCUGUGCAGGUGCGUCUUCUCAGCCCUGUACUGCCUCCCACGCCAAGCGUUCAGCCACUGUGACCUGAAAAGUUUCCUCUCUUCAGGCGCCAGAGGAUCAAGAGCCUGGAGCAUCCCGAGUCUCCUCCUGAUGGUGCUCUGCCUCCUCCUGCAGGGUGUGGCUGGUGAGGGCUGA